AUGAUCGCAAUGUUUAUGCAAAUGCUAUUCAACCCUGCUGGUCAUAGUGGUCCCAACAAAUCUGACAGCCUUGAUACCGAUACGGGCAUAGCUCCAUCACCUUGGGCUAAUCUCCUAACUGUUGGGUUGAAGAUUCUCACAGCUCUCUUAGGAGGAGGUGGAGUUGGAGGUGAUGGCAUUGACAAGGUCGAUAACUCUUCACCAAUGCAGGGUGUGUUAGCAGCUGUCCUUUCUGCAUUCCUUGGAUCUCGGGACCCGGAUCAAGUAGCUACUAUGGCAAAGCAGGCUGGAGAAUUUAUCAACAUUGUCGUUAACCUUUUGGAUGCCUUGAAAACUUCUUUCUCACAUCGGUCUCUCGCAGCUAGGUCUAUUGGCAAGAAAGAUUCAGUUUCAGAAGCUGCCGUUGCCAGUCUGACUCUUGUUAAGGGCUAUGUAAAAACAAUGAAAACAUCAGAUGAGAGCUGUAUGCUGAAAUACAUGUGCGAAGCUAACAGGGAAUGUACUGGAGACACCAAUGGAUCUUCAUCUAUUUUCUGCCAACUAGGAUCGUAUGUCGCUAGCUUUAUGCUACAAAGAAAUGGACUUACACCAUUCGACUCCUACUAUGAAGCUGGUAGGAGAGGGCGAAGUGGAGAUGAUUGUCAUCAGAUUUACCUGUCAUAACACAAGACUUUUACACUAAGACAGUUUUCUCAAGAAGGCUUUCAAAUCAGUUUCGGCUACAGCCCUGACUCUGCAGGGUCAGUAUUAGAUCUUAACUGCUAUAAUCAGACUACAGAUAGGAUAGACGGAGAAUGGUUAGUAUUGGGCAAGGCAGAGGAAGUGACGGCACUUCGUAUUUUGCCAGACAGCAGGGUGACACUUCUCACUGCAGAUGGUAUUUUCCUGGAUAUCUACAGACCAGCAAUGUCUUUACCUUUAAGGCUGGAUAAUUACACUGGACGAAGAGAUCACUCAAAUCUUAAAGGAGUUACACUGAAAGCAGUUACGAUGGAUGAUCAAGUUACGUCUAUGCAGAUGGAAGAGGCAGAAGGCUUGUUUGGGCAGUACGGGUGCCUCAGCACGAAAUCGGGAGGUUGGACUCCUCAAAUGAGUGAAGUCUUGGUAGAUAACUUGGCACAACAGCUCAAUUUUAAAGUGAAGAGGAAGAAAGUGACUAAUUGCAAGGCUCUGUACAAUUCCUUAUCCGAAGGUGCCGUGGACUUCAGCUCCACAGCCAUCAUGAUGACACCAGAGAGAAUGCGGUACAGCAGCUUCACAGGAGACCUCUUUGAGUAUAAGUAA